AUGCUGAAGAGAAGGUCCUUCCGGAGAGGCACAGGCCCCUCCAUUCCUGUCUCCCACCUUGGACUCAACCUUGUCAGACAGGGCAAGGUAGCAUUUAACUUCUGGGAAGUGAUCAGCGAUGAGCACGGCAUCGACCCCGCCGGAGGCUACGUGGGCGACUCGGCGCUGCAGCUGGAGAGGAUCAGCGUCUACUACAAUGAGUCAUCCUCUCAGAAAUACGUGCCCAGGGCUGCCCUGGUGGACUUGGAGCCGGGCACUAUGGACAGUGUGAGAUCUGGGCCUUUUGGGCAGCUCUUCCGGCCUGACAACUUCAUCUUCGGGCAGACGGGCGCCGGGAACAACUGGGCGAAGGGCCACUACACGGAGGGCGCGGAGCUGGUGGACUCGGUGCUGGACGUGGUGCGCAAGGAGUGCGAGCACUGCGACUGCCUGCAGGGCUUCCAGCUGACGCACUCGCUGGGCGGCGGCACCGGCUCGGGCAUGGGCACCCUGCUCAUCAGCAAGAUCCGAGAGGAGUACCCCGACCGCAUCAUGAACACCUUCAGCGUCAUGCCGUCGCCCAAGGUGUCGGACACGGUGGUGGAGCCCUACAACGCCACCCUCUCGGUGCACCAGCUGGUGGAGAACACGGACGAGACGUACUGCAUCGACAACGAGGCCCUGUACGACAUCUGCUUCCGCACCCUCAAGCUGACCACGCCCACCUACGGGGACCUCAACCACCUGGUGUCGGCCACCAUGAGCGGCGUCACCACGUCGCUGCGCUUCCCCGGCCAGCUCAACGCCGACCUGCGCAAGCUGGCCGUGAACAUGGUGCCCUUCCCGCGCCUGCACUUCUUCAUGCCCGGCUUCGCGCCGCUCACGGCCCGGGGCAGCCAGCAGUACCGCGCGCUCACCGUGCCCGAGCUCACCCAGCAGAUGUUCGACGCCAAGAACAUGAUGGCCGCGUGCGACCCGCGCCACGGCCGCUACCUCACCGUGGCCACCGUCUUCCGCGGGCCCAUGUCCAUGAAGGAGGUGGACGAGCAGAUGCUGGCCAUCCAGAACAAGAACAGCAGCUACUUCGUGGAGUGGAUCCCCAACAACGUCAAGGUGGCCGUGUGCGACAUCCCCCCGCGCGGCCUCAAGAUGGCCGCCACCUUCAUCGGCAACAGCACGGCCAUCCAGGAGCUGUUCAAGCGCAUCUCCGAGCAGUUCUCCGCCAUGUUCCGCCGCAAGGCCUUCCUGCACUGGUUCACCGGCGAGGGCAUGGAUGAGAUGGAGUUCACCGAGGCCGAGAGCAACAUGAACGACCUGGUGUCUGAGUACCAGCAGUACCAGGACGCCACCGUCAACGACGGGGAGGAGGCUUUUGAAGACUACGAGGACGACGAGAUCAACGAGUAGGAGUGCCUCCCUGUCCAGACACGAAGAUAGGCCCCUGUGCGUGCUUGAACCCUCACAGGGCACCAUGGCGCACUGGACUUAAAUAAAGGUUGUUGGUGCAGGUCUCUGCAAAUGCCAUCUCUGGAAUAAAGAAUUGCCAGUCCUACCUGAUCGGUUCAGACUAGGGACAUUUUGUACUGGAGGACUUGAAAGCAAUCACCAAGGGGCCUUAAGGGAUGAAGAAAGAAACCCCACUUCCACUAAGUUUCCAGCUGGGGAGUUAGGAUGUUUUCAUCCUUGGGGAUGAAACCCGAAGCCAGUGCUGUGUUGCCUUAUUUGAAUAUGCAAUAUGGGCUUUAAAACAAUCUAUCCAUAAUAAAAUGUUAAAUCAAGUU